UGCCCAUCGAACGAAUGCAUAAUAAAAAGUCGGCGAUUCCCAACCAACGAGAAGCGCCGAGACGGAGCACGUUUUUGUUGUUUUCGUUGGCUCCCCGAACCUCUUCCCUCCGCCAUGCGAGAGAAUGGGCCAGCGAAUGCUGUUAUAUAUCUCCUGAUGUGAAGAAAUCAAAGGGCACGGACAUGGCGCCGCCGUGGGGCGUCCUGCUCCGACCAUUCCACACCGGAGAUGCCAGCCCUAGAAGGCGGUACUGCCAAAUGAAAUGACCCGGUACGCCUCGACCGCAAGCCACGAUGCAAACCACAGCGUGAAGGGAAGAAAGCGUCCGAAGCAGUCGAAGGGGUAAUUCUCGGCCCCGGAGAAAUUGCCUGUGCAAGCACAAUGAGAGAGGGAAAGUGAUGUGUAG